AUGGGCAAAGAAGAUUCCGGAGGCGGCGGAGUAGCCACGUCAUCUGUGAAUGCCAACGUAGCCACGUCAACCCUUGGGCGGGACAGAGACUCACUGCCGUCACACCCACGAAUAUCAUCCACAUCCCUAACUCCCACAUCCGGAAUUGUGGAUAAAAAUCAGAAUAUAUCGAGCACAUCGAAUGCGUUCGUGGCGCUGUUUCAGUACGAUGCGAGAACUGAUGAUGAUCUCAGCUUUAAGAAAGAUGACGUGAGUAGAACGCUUUCAAACGAUCCUUAAUUUGAAAAAAUAGUGUUUUCAACGAUAAACUUGUCGAAUAUGUGAUCUUUCAGAUUCUCGAAAUUCUGAAUGACACACAAGGUGACUGGUGGUUUGCCCGACAUAAAGCCACCGGACGUACUGGAUACAUCCCGUCGAACUAUGUGGCCAGGGAAAAGAGCAUCGAAUCACAACCGUACGUUUUUCUAUUCGCCAUGAGUUCUGAACCUACACUAAUCAUGUGGCAGAGCGACCAAACUAAUUUUUUCAGAUGGUACUUUGGCAAACUGCGAAGGAUUGAGGCUGAAAAGUGUCUUCUUCAGAUUCUGAACGAACAUGGUGCUUUCUUGGUACGCGAUUCAGAGAGUCGACAGCAUGAUUUAUCAUUAUCAGGUAAGCACUCUUAUUGAAUUCUUAAUUUAGACUUCUACUUAUUUUCAGUGCGAGAAAAUGAUAGUGUGAAGCACUACCGUAUCCGGCAGCUCGACCACGGAGGUUAUUUCAUUGCUCGAAGACGUCCUUUCGCAACACUUCACGACCUUAUUGCACAUUAUCAACGAGAAGCGGACGGUCUCUGCGUGAGUCUCGGAAAACCAUGUGCAAAAUCCGAAGCUCCGCAAACCACAACAUUCACUUACGGUUAGUGUCUGAUAUUUGGCAGUUUGUCAUUAAAUCUUCAGACGACCAAUGGGAAGUGGAUCGACGAUCCAUCCGUCUUAUUCGCCAAAUCGGAGCUGGCCAGUUUGGAGAGGUAAUAACCUAAUUGAUGUGGCGAAGAGAGGGCCUUGAUGUUGGAGAAAAAGACAGACAGUAUUUGUGUUAAUGAUUUCACGGAGAAGUUGACUCAUCCCUUUCCGGCUUUGUUUUGAUUAUUGGAAAUAGUUUUAAGCCAGCUAGAAAUAUGUAAACACUCCAAACUUUCUGUUGAAUAUGAGAAACUUGUUAGUCUAUUAGAAAUUAUAUUUCAUCCACGCUAAUUUCGCUGUUUUCCAACCAAUUCGACAACACGAAUUGAAUUCGUUCUCCAGUAAUUAUUUUUUGUCAGAAACGUGUGGCAAAAACAGCAAAAUUAGCACGAAAAUCGAUCUGACAGCCGAAUCGGCAAUUUUUCGAGGUGGAGGGGACGUGGCUUGGUAGUUACUGUUGACAACGGUGGUCCGCAAACACCAUGACGUACGAAAAAUACCGCGACAGUAGUAUCUGUUAAAGUGGUGACAGUAAACACUUUGAGAGUCUCCUGAUAGAACUGAAAACAAUGUUCAUAUAUUUUUCUGCUACUGUAUGUUCUGCCAGAACUAGAUCAGCGAGUGAUCAUCGUUGUUAACGAUCUGUCCUGCGCCGUCAAAAAUUCUUCCUUCCCUCCGAAUGUUUGUGCUCUUGGCUGUGUGCUCUCUCCCUCCUUUUUCCCGAAAAUUUUCCGUUUCAACACGAGGAUCUAUUUCAUUCCGGUCAUUUAUCCGCUAAAUGAGGCACCUAUCUAGAUUGACACAUAAAACACAAAAACAUAUAAUAAACAUUCCAGGUGUGGGAGGGACGAUGGAAUGCGAAUGUGCCAGUGGCAGUGAAAAAGUUGAAGGCGGGAACGGCGGAUCCCACGGACUUUUUGACAGAAGCGCAGAUUAUGAAGAAGUUGAGGUAUUAUUGAAGCCUUCUCAAAAAUAUGUCCAAGUUCUCUUUUUUUACAGACAUCCAAAAUUACUGUCGCUGUAUGCUGUUUGCACACGAGAUGAACCAAUUCUGAUCGUGACUGAAUUGAUGCAAGAGAAUCUUCUAACCUUCUUGCAAAGAAGAGGACGACAAUGUCAGAUGCCACAGUUGGUCGAAAUUGCGGCUCAAGUGAGUUUCUUUCGUAAACAAGACUUUUAGACUUGGAACCGCUGCCUGGGCCUAGCUUACGCUCCGAAUCAGCGGGUUUGCCGCAUGUUUUAACGUUCCGUGAUCAUUUCUUCAUUUCUUCCUUACAAGUAUUCUGUUAGAAAUGAAAAAUGUAGUGAUGGAAAAACCUAGAAAAAACAUACAAACCCCCUCCCCUCAAGAGUUAUAUUAAUAAGAAAGAUGAUAGAGUAACCCAUAACCGACCUUUAAUUCAAAACCUCAGGUCGCCGCUGGAAUGGCAUAUCUGGAAGAAAUGAACUUCAUUCACCGAGAUCUGGCGGCUAGAAACAUUCUGAUAAACAAUUCACUCUCGGUGAAAAUAGCUGAUUUCGGUUUAGCUAGAAUUCUAAUGAAAGAAAACGAGUACGAAGCGAGAACGGGAGCGAGAUUCCCAAUAAAGUGGACAGCCCCAGAAGCAGCGAAUUACAAUAGAUUCACCACCAAAUCCGAUGUCUGGAGCUUUGGAAUUCUGCUUACAGAGAUUGUAACGUUUGGACGGCUUCCUUAUCCAGGUCAGUCUGAUUUGCCCUAUCCAUCAAAAUACAUACCUUUCAGGCAUGACGAACGCGGAAGUACUGCAGCAAGUAGACGCUGGCUACCGCAUGCCGUGCCCUCCGAAUUGUCCACAAGCCCUCUAUGAUAUUAUGCAACAGUGCUGGCGUAGUGAUCCCGACAAACGACCCACUUUCGAGACGUUACAAUGGAAACUGGAAGAUUUAUUCAAUCUGGACUCGUCUGAAUAUAAGGAAGCCAGUGUGAACUUCUAA